CAUGGUGAUCAGAGACCUGACUCUGCGCAGCGCCGCCAGCUUCGGCUCGUUCCAUCUGAUCCGCCUGCUUUACGACGAGUACAUGUUCUACCUGGUGGAGCACCGCGUUGCCCAGGCAACCGGAGAAACUCCCAUAGCUGUGAUGGGAGAGUUCAGCGACCUGAGCUCCAUGAUGCCGUCACUCCUGGAGAAGGAUGCGUCGUUCUCAGACGAGAUGAGCAACCUGGACGGCGACGGCGCUCCGACCGAGCCGGCGGUGAAGAGGGAGAGGAUUGAAAUAGGCCACCCUCUGCAGGAAAUGUGAGUCCGGUCUGAUCGGACCGGAAGCAGCAGAACGAGUGCAAUGUAAAUAGAGAAGAGUGCAGAAGCAGUAGAAGUGUUUAUAAAGAUGGUGUACCCCCCCAACCUGCCCCCCCCUCUCACACACACAGUUUUUAUUCGCUGUCGUUUCACAGGGGUGUAACAGACCUCGUCGUUUUCUGUUUUUGUUGGGACUGUGAAUUUCUUCUGCGCAGUAGCUUCUCAUAUUGGAUGUUUAACUUCUAAACGGUGGCGUUUUUGUGCUCCAUCUGUUUUUGGUUUUAUUAUUUUUUUUUCUUUAAAUCCGAGUUCGUUGUGCCAUAGUGUCCUUUGAGUGCCUUAGAUUAACUUUGAAAUCGCCGCUACGGAUGUGGACCUGUCCCUCAGCUGUGCCUCAACCGCAGUAUGAAUGUACCGUCUUCAAACCUCAAAACGCUCAGAGCGCCUUCGCUCUCUCUCCCUGAUGCCUCUGCUGCACCUGGUAGCAAACGCACGGUAAAAAACAAUAAUAAUAAUAA